UGCCCUUUAGCUCAAAAAAAAUUAGCAGACCUUCAACACUUCACAAAGAAGCUCGAAGCUCCAACAAUGGCUCGAAUUUUCUGCUACAAGAAUCUCUCUAUUGCUUUUCAAUUGAAAAGGCCAACGACCCAUUUUCAUCCUUCUUCUCUCCAUUCUCAAUCCUCAGCUCCUAUAGACAAAGAAGUUGAAACUCUUUACCGUAUCAUAACAAUAACACAGACACCAGAAGGACUGAAACAAGCACUGAAAUCAUCACAAAUCAAAUUAUCAAACGACUUAAUCGACAAAGUUCUCAAAAGGGUACGUUUUUCUCAUUCAAACCCGUUACAAGCUUUAGAGUUCUUUAAAUAUGCAGAUAAGCGAAAGGGGUUUUACCAUACUGGUUUUUCUUUAGAUACAAUUUUGUAUGUACUUGGUAGGAAUCGUAAAUUCGAUAAGAUUUGGGAGGUUUUAGUGGAAAUGAAGAGAAAAGAUCAAUCUUUGAUAACCCCCAGAACAGUUCAAGUUGUUUUAGGUAGAGUUGCUAAGGUUUGCUCUGUUAGAGAAACUGUUGAGUCUUUUUGGGGUUUUAAGAGACUGUUGAAUGAGUUUGGUGUUGAUUGUUUUAAUGCAUUGUUGAGGGCUUUGUGUCAGGAGAAGAGUAUGAGUGAUGCUAGGAAUGUGUAUCAUAGGUUGAAGUACAAGUUUAGGCCAAAUAACCAGACAUUUAAUAUACUUUUGUCUGGUUGGAAGUCGUCGGAGGAUGCGGAGGUUUUCUUUAAGGAGAUGAGGGAUUUGGGCGUUGAACCGGAUGUUGUUUCGUUUAAUUGUUUGGUGGAUGUGUAUUGUAAAGGGAGAGAGAUGGAGAAGGCUUUUAGGGUGGUGGAGGAGAUGAGGGAGAAGGAUAUUACUCCUGAUGUGAUAACUUAUACAAGUUUAAUUGGAGGGUUGGGGUUGGUUGGACAACCUGAUAAGGCGAGGCACAUUUUGAAGGAGAUGAGGGAGUAUGGAUGUUAUCCGGAUGCGGCUGCUUAUAAUGCUGCGGUUAGGAACUUCUGCAUUGCGAAGAGGAUCGGGGAUGCAUACAGUUUGAUGGAUGAGAUGGUUAGAAAUGGUUUGAGCCCCAAUGCCACUACAUAUAAUGUGUUCUUAAGGUCAUUUUUUUGGAUAAAUGAUUUGAAAAGUUCAUGGACUUUGUACCAGAGGAUGAAGGAGACUGGGUGCUUACCGAGUACACAGUCGUGUAUGUUCCUGAUCAGGUUGAGCAGGAGACAUGAGAAAGUGGAGAUGGCACUUGAGUUGUGGGAUGACAUGAUGGAGAGAGGAUUUGGCUCAUAUAUUUUGGUCUCUGAUGUUUUGUUUGAUUUGCUCUGUGAUUUGGGAAAGUUGGCGGAGGCAGAAAGAUGUUUCUUGCAAAUGGUAAAUAAAGGGCAAAAACCAAGUAAUGUUUCCUUUAGGAGGAUCAAGGUGCUUAUGGAAUUGGCUAAUAAACAGGAGGCUCUUAAGCUUUUGUCAGAAAAGAUGGCUGCUUUUCGUUCCUCCACACAACUGAUCCAACACGAUAAAGUGGAAUAUGAACAAUCAAGUUGACCUGAUGAUUGCUGACUCAUAUUCCAGUACCUUGCUAUUGUCCGAUGAGUUUUUGGGUCCUCAACCUGAUGCAUUGGUUUGAUUAUGUAGCAGUGGGCUCUUCAAUCAAUAUUGCAGGCCUCUAAUCCAGAACUAUACAAAUGAGUAUAUCCACACAUCCUCAUUUCUGAUCCUAUUGCUCCCGGUAUACCCAUACAUCCAUCUCAGCACCCUCAUUCCGCAACUUGCAUCUUCUGAACAUGGGAGUUCUUGAUUGGCCAGCACUCCGCCCCGCAAGUGUAUGAUAUGACACCAGACGCACGACAUCUUCUUUCUUUUUGCAAGGAAGGACCAUCCUUGGAAUGAAUGCUUUAGUUUGGAGCCUGCCGCCAUAGUUUGCUUUCCUCAUAAGAAAUUCCAAGGACGCUACGCAGGAUCUGAAACUUGGUAGAUAAUGGGCCUCACCCCUUUAUCCUCCUUCACUUACAUACCAGGCUUUUGUCUGCUCCAUGGUUCAAACUUGUGACAUGCACCCGACUCACACAUCAUGUGUUUUACUCUUGCUACUAGAGCAAGGCCAUGGGAUCUGAAGUUCACACUUUGUCAUCCAAUACAAAUUUUAAGCCUCCAUUGGCUCACUUGAUGGUGUUCUAAAGUACUAUAGAGUACAACACAGUUCUUGAAAAUGUUGAUCAACAACUCAGUACUUCCAUGUAUACUAUUUUUACUGGUAAAGCAGUACUUGGACCACUUAGAUUUGUGCUCGUUGGUGAGUGAAAAAGAAACCAACCUUGUUAACUUGCUAGCAAGUGUUCAUUGUGAUUGAAAAAACCAUACAUUCGCGAUAUCAUGUAAAAUCACAUUUUUACAAUGUAGGUUCAAGAUUUGGAUCGAACCAAUAUAGAUAAUUUUGUAGAUUUCUUUGUGCUU